AUGAGCGCAUUGAGAGAACGUCCCUUUACUUGUUCAAAAUGUUAUUUCUCCUUUAGAACAAAACAAACAUUGGAAACACAUUCAAAAAUCCAUUUAAACUUUACCAAAGAACAAUACCAAUGCUCUUUUUGUCAAAAAUAUUUUCUUUCACGUUCUUCGUUAAAAUUACAUUUGAGAAUUCAUACUGGUGAAGCUCCUUUUAAAUGUCAAAAUGUUGAGUGUUUGUUAAUGUUUAGAACAAAAAAAUUGAUGAAUACCCAUUAUAAAAAUGUACAUUGUCAACAAAUAAUGCAAGAAGAUGGUCUCCUCAUUCAACAACCUAUAAAUAUUACAAAAUUUCAACAAAAACAAAUAAAUUCAUUUGACAAUCAAUCAUUAGCUUUAAAUGGAUUAUUAGAGUUAAAUACAAAAAUUGGGCAGAAAAAAUGUAAAAAAUCUUUAAAUUUAUCAGAAAAUUCAGCUUUUGUUCAUUUUGGAGAGAAUUUUAAGAGGUUUGAAGUUGGAAGGAGGAGAAAAAGUGAAGAAUUACAACAACAACAACAACACUGCAAUAGUAUUCCUUUUGAUAUGAGGACUGAACAACAAUUAUUUGAACAACAGCCUAUCGCAUUUGGAGAACCUCCAAUAAGAAAUAUUGGUUCAGUUCCACUCUAUAUAGAUCAAAAUAUGUUGAGCUAUACAAAUCAUCAACAGCAGCAACAACAACAAAAUUAUUGCCAACAACAACCAACUUUACAGCAACAACAAAUACAAAUAAUAGAACAUAAUAAUCAAUUACAACAACAACAACAAGAAUGUAAUAUUCAACAACAACAUCAGCAACAACAAAUACAAUUGGUAGAAAAUAAUCAAUUACUACAACAACAACAAGGACAACAACAUCAGCAACAUCGACAAAUUAACCACCAACAACCUUUUUGGUAG